GGCUCAGCUGACUGCCUCUUGCAGAGCUGCCCCGCAGACAGCAGCAUGGCUCUGUGCUGUUCUCUGUGCCUGCUGCUGCUCAGCUGCCAGGCUCUCGCCCGGGGAGGAGGGAUGCUCUACCCCAGGGAGUCUGCCUCCAGGGAGCUGAAGGAGCUGAAUGGCAUCUGGAGCUUCAGGGCGGACUUCUCGGAGCAGCGGGACCAGGGGUUUGUGCAGCAGUGGUACCGGAAGCCCCUGAGACAGAGUGGGCCUGUGAUCGACAUGCCAGUACCUGCCAGCUUCAACGAGCUCACUCAGGAUCCCAACCUGCGGAAAUACACUGGCUGGGUUUGGUAUGAGAAGGAGGUGCUGCUUCCCAGGAGCUGGCUUCUGAACGCCCUCAAUACCCGAGUGGUGCUUCGGGUCGGCAGUGCCCAUUACUACUCCAUAGUUUGGGUCAAUGGUGUGCAGGUUACUGAGCAUGAAGGUGGCCACCUCCCCUUCGAAGCAGACAUAAGCAGGAUUGUUCAGGGCAGCUUCGGAGCUGCGUGUCGCAUCACCAUUGCACUCAACAAUACGCUGACACCUCAGACCCUGCCUCCCGGCUCCAUUCAGUUCAUGAGGGACGAGUCUAAGUACCCUAGGGGUUAUUUUGUUCAGAACACAAGGUUUGAUUUCUUUAACUACGCUGGAAUUCACCGGCCCAUCGUGUUGUAUACAACCCCUUCUGUCUACAUAGAUGACAUCACUGUGACUACAGCCUGGGCCGGGAAUAUUGGUGUGGUGCGAUACCAGGUUUUGGUGACGGGCAGCACCCGCUACUCCUUGUCGCUGAAUUUACGGGAGAAAGAGGGGAAAGUGGUGGCUACGGGAGAGGGACCGAUCGGGGAGUUGAAAGUGGUGGAGCCAAGGCUUUGGUGGCCUUAUCUGAUGCAUGAAAACCCCGGAUACCUUUAUUACCUAGAGGUGAAGCUGUUGGCGCAGGUGGGCGGUGAGCUGUCGGAAGAUGUGUACACGCUCCCCGUCGGGAUCCGCACCGUCCAUGUCACCAGCAGUCAGUUCCUCAUCAAUGGAAAGCCCUUCUACUUCCAUGGAGUCAACAAACACGAAGAUGCUGAUAUCCGUGGCAAAGGACUGGACUGGUCCCUGAUCGUGAAGGACCUCAACUUGCUGCAGUGGCUGGGGGCCAAUUCCUUCCGCACUAGCCACUACCCCUACGCAGAGGAGAUCAUGGACCUGUGCGACGCGUACGGCAUUGUGGUUAUUGACGAGUGUCCGGGCGUGGGGAUGAGAGAUCCGGAGAACUUUGGGAAUGCAUCACUGGCACACCAUCUCGUGGUGAUGGAAGAGCUGAUCCGCAGGGAUAAGAACCGGCCCUCGGUUGUGAUGUGGUCUGUUGCCAAUGAGCCAGCCUCGGAGCUAUCGCCGGCAGCUUACUACUUUAAGACAGUGAUAGCUCACACUAAAGCCAUUGAUCCUACCAGACCCGUAACCUUUGUGUCAAAUGCUAAUUACGCUCAUGAUCAUGGUGCUCCAUACGUGGAUGUAAUUUGCGUAAAUAGCUACUUUUCCUGGUACCAUGACGCCGGCCAUCUGGAGGUUAUUCAGCUGCAACUCAAUACACAGUUUGAGAGCUGGUAUGAAACCUACCAAAAGCCAAUUAUCCAGAGCGAAUAUGGAGCAGAUUCGAUUGCUGGGCUUCACAAUGACCCACCUCUUAUGUUCAGCGAGGAAUACCAAAAGGCUGUGCUAAAGGAAUACCAUUCAGUCUUUGACAAAAAGAGAAAGGACUAUGUGAUUGGCGAGCUCAUCUGGAACUUUGCUGAUUUUAUGACAGAUCAAGCAACCAGUCGUGUUUUAGGGAACAAGAAGGGGAUCUUUACCCGUCAACGACAACCAAAGGCAGCUGCAUUUGUCCUAAGAGACAGAUAUUGGAAGCUUGCAAAUGAAUCCAGUUGUCUCCGUCCAACACUGACAUAUUACAAUUUAUGAGUGGGUAUUAAGCUCAGAUGUUUUCAUUAAGUAAUAUUUUGCUUAAUAUUUACAUUUUACUGAAAUCUAAUAUUACAGAAUUAGUGCAGUGUGUUUGAAAUAGUACUAAAAUAAAAAAAAAUUCCAUAC